UGAAUCAAACGUGAGAGCGGCAGCAUCUGCUAUGAAAUCUGCAGGAAGAGCUCAGCGAUCACGAUAGUAUAUUAGCAACAUAUCUCAAAAAGGAUUAUAAUGUCUUAAUAUAUUUUAAAACGGCUUGUGUCUGUAGGUGUCUGUAAGAUGUCUGUGGUGCUGUUUGCCUCUGUGGUGAGAGUGAGGGACGGUCUACCACUCUCGGCCUCCACAGACUAUGAACAGGAUAAAGGAUUUCAGGAGACUAAGAAACAUCUCAAGGGUCUGUCCAAAAAACUCAGCCAGUUUCCUGAUCGCUGCUUACUCAGAUCUGGCCUUUACAACAUUAAUUUCACAAGCUCUCUUGGAGUCGGGUACUUGAUGGUUUGCACAGAAAACUAUCCCAAUGUCCUGGCCUUCAGCUUCCUGGACGAGCUUCAGAGAGAGUUCAUUGUCACGUAUGACACCAAGCGGAUCAACGGCGCUUUGAGGCCCUUCUCUUUCAUUGAGUUUGAUAACUUCAUUCGGAAAACCAAGCAACGUUACAACAGCCCACGUUCCCUCUCGACCAAGAUUAAUCUGGCCGACAUGCAGACUGAGAUCAAGCUCCGGCCUCCUUAUCAGCUGUCCGCGGAGGACAUUGGAUCAAUCAACGGCUUCUCACAACACAAGCAGUCUAAAUAUAAAGGCAUAGCCCCUAAUCAAAUGAUGGAGGCCGUCACCCUGUCGGGUAUCGUUGCCUGCGUCCUAAGUGUCCUGUGCGGCUCUCUUAAUUUGCUGCGGGGAGUCCACGCAAUAGAAAGCGUAUUGCAGAACGAGGAUGAAGACUUUAAUUACGUAAUUGCUUUUUUCCUCGGAACCGCGGCCUGUUUGUAUCAGUGUUACUUGUUCGCCCACUUCUCAGUUUGGAGGAACAUCAAGUCAUUCCUGGCCUUUGCUAUGAUCUGUCUAUGUAACAUGUAUCUGUAUGAACUCCGUAACAUGUGGCAGAUCCUCUUUCACGUGACGGUGGGAGCAUUCAUCACUCUGCAGAUCCACCUGAGACGACCGCAGGGCAAAUCACCUGACUACAAUGUUUGACCCUCUUGAACUCUUUCAAGACUGCGUACCGUAGCCCAAUAUGGCAACCCCAACCUGUUCCCACCCCAUCUGGGGACAAAAGAACUAUGGAUUGUGAAGCAGGUUUUCCAAAUGAUUUUGAUAUUGUUUAAGAAACUGCUGUUUCACAUCCAGUUGA